AAGAUUGGCACGCGCGUUGUGUCAAGCUAGCUAACCACAACCGACAGUUUCUAGCGCCAGUUUGCACUGAAGUGAAAGUUUGUCACCAUAUUAACAUAUUUUGGGGAGCAGAUUAAAUAGUUAAUUCGAUACAACAGACGAGCUCUAGGACAAGAUAUAGUUACUGAACUGACUUUUGUUGCUGGAAGUGCACCGCCACUUUUCUUGUUGAUUUUGCCGGACUGAACCUGGUUGUGUCUAAAUUGCUGUUCUCGAAACACAAGACAACUGGUCAGCAGUAAAAACGUGAGGUCAAGGAAAAGAUGUGAAAAGAUAAUAUCCAAAUCAAUGGUAAGAGGAGACGAGUCACGAGUUGCUGGGAUUGAUUAAAAUUGCCAGAAUGUCUUCAAUCCCAGGACUCCCUACUCCAGGAUCACCUGUCAAAAUUCUUAUCACCAGAGUCCACUUGCAUCCCCUAUGUGUCCUGGUGGAGUUCUGGGGCAAAUUUAACCAGGAUAGGGCAGCAGAUUAUGAACUCUUAGCUAAAGAUAUCCAGUCUCCUGGAAUCACAUUUAAGGACUUAGAAGGAGACCCUGGUGACAAAUGUUUGGUUCGGAUAGAUGAUACUUGGUACAGAUCCCGAAUAGUCUCAAGAAACGGCUCCAGAUACAGCGUUUUCCUCAUUGACAAAGGAAUGACAUACAGUGCCACAGCAAGCAUGCUAGCAUGGGGUAAGGAGCAGCAUUUCAAGCCCCUUCCUGAAGUGGAGUUUUGUGUGUUGGCUAACGUUUUACCACGGUCACUGGAGAACAAAUGGUCUGCAGUGGCUCUGGAGUUUCUGAAAACUCUCACUGGGAAGUCUGUGACAGCACACGUGCAAGAUGUACUGGUGCCACACAGAAUGUUUUUCCUGGACAUCCCUUGCAUAUCUCAACAAAUGUAUGAGAUGGGAUUUGCAAAGAAGAUGUCUCCAAUCCAAUUUCAGAACUUUGUCCUCAUGUCACUGAACUCCCAAGGUGGAGCCGAAGCAUCUCCAGACAUUCAGGAGCUCUCCAAGGGAACAAGCAAACAGCUGCACAAGCAAGAGCUGUUUAUGUACCCAGAACUGCCAGGAGGUACUGUGGAGAACGUCGUUGUAACAGAAGUGACAAAUCCACAAAGGAUCUUUUGCCAGUUAAAAGUUUUCUCCCAAGAGCUGAAGAAACUCUCCGAUCAGCUGACACAGAGCUGCGAGGGCAGAAUGUCUAGUUGUGUAAUGGGACCUGAAAUGAUCGGCUCUCCGUGUGCUGCGAGAGGAAGUGAUGGCAGGUGGUACCGCUCUGUUCUGCGACAGGUAUUCCCAGUGAAUAAACUGGUGGAAGUAUUGAAUGUUGACUAUGGUACAAAACAGCUUGUUCAAGUGGAGAACGUUAGACCAUUGGCUGCAGAGUUCUUCAGGAUGCCAGUUGUCACCUACAUCUGCUCUCUCCAUGGGCUCCUCGAUAAAGGGGUGGGUUGGACAGCCAGUCAGAUUAACGUCCUAAGAUCCCUCUUGCUGAACAAGAGAAUGAUUGCCAGAUUUGAGUAUCAGAGCAUCUCUGAGGGUGUCUACUAUGUUACUCUUUAUGGUGAUGACAACAUAAAUAUGAACAUCUUGUUUGGUUCCAAGGAAAGCUGUUUGCUUGAAUUUGAGAAAACGCUUGGGGAUUAUGCUGUCCAAGGAGGUCUGUACAACGAUCAGCAUCCAUCACAAGAAAAAGAGAUGGUAGCUACUGGACAAGCUGUGGAAGAAAAAAGAGCUAAAUCAGCAGCAGAUGUGCCACCUGUUAAAGAUCUUUCUCUGAACUCCUCACACAUGGCAGUUGUUCAACACGUAGCCAAUCCGUCUGAGUUUUGGAUUCAACUCGAAACCUUAAGAAAGGAGUUGGAUGAACUAGUAGAUAGUUUCAGCCAUCUGUAUCAGGAUUCAGUGAGUACAGAUGUGGUGAGAAGUCCAACACUUGGGCUAUACUGUGCUGCCAAGGCAGAAGAUGGUGAGUUCUGCAGAGCAACUGUGACUGAAGUUGGUGAGACCCAAGUUAAAGUGUUGUUCUUUGAUUAUGGAAACACAGAAGUGGUUAAUAGGAGUAACAUCAGGGCCAUGCCAUCUGAGUUUCUAAAACUGCCACAGCUGGCACUGAAAUGCUCCCUGGAUGGUGUCAGACCAAAAGCUGGAAAAUGGAGUGAAAGUGCUUCUGAAUUUUUUAUCCAAGCGGUCACGGAUAAAGUACUAAAUGUACACAUAAAGGCAAAGUAUAAUGAGCACUAUGUCGUCCAGCUAACAGAUCCCGAAGCUCAGGGGGAAAAAGAUGUUGGUAUGCUGAUGUGCACUUCUGGCCUAGCUGAGAGAGCUGAGAUGCAGACACGAUCCAAAGCCAAAAAUGCUCCACAAGCAGCCAUAUCGUGUCCAGCCCAACCUUCUGAUGAUGAUCCACUACUCCCCGGCAUACAUGGGAAGAGUGGGUUCUCUUUCCAAACCCAAAGCAUGGUUGGUCUUACUGAUGGUAACAGAAGAGUUGCUACUUUUAAAGAGCAAAUGUUUUCCAUUGGAAGAGUCCUAGAUGUCACCGUGUCCUACAUUGAAAGCCCAAAUGACUUCUGGUGCCAGCUGGUACAAACUGCAGGCUGCUUGAAAUUGCUCAUGCAAGACAUGCAGGCUUACUACGCAGGCAGUGAGUUUAAACCAAGUGUAGAAGUUGCUUGUGUAGCUCGACACCCUGAAAACAGAAUGUGGUACAGAGCCCUUUUGGUUCACAAACACAAAACCCCUCAUGUGGAUGCCUUGUUUGUCGAUUAUGGGCAGACAUUGACGGUCUCUAUCAAUGACUUGAGGAGGAUCUGCCCAGAAUUCCUCUCUCUACACGGCCAAGCUUUUCGAUGCAGCCUCUUAAACCCCAUAAACCCCACAUCUGUUGUAAACGAGUGGAGCCAAGAUGCAAAAGCAAUGUUUCAAAACUUUGUGGAAACUGCUGCAUCCAACCAUGUGGUUUUGAAGUGCACUGUUUAUGCCAGCAUGUACAGUGAGCAGAUGGUCGUUUACAACAUUGUGGACCUAGAGACUCCCUUUGAGAGCAUUUGCACCAGUAUGGCCAAUCUUGUUCCGAGUGCUCUUCCAAAGAAAGCCACAAGGGCAUCUUUUCGUCUGAACACAUACUACUAUUCAAAUCACAAUGUCAAAACUGGGACAGAGGAACAAGUCACAGUAACCUAUGUGAAGAAUGUUAAUGAGUUCUACUGCCAUCUUGACAAAAAUACUGAUGUGAUGAAAGAUCUGAAGGUGAAAGUGAGCAAUCUGUGCCAUCAGCUCGAGAUGCAAAAACUCCCAUCAGUCUAUGGAACUUUGUGCUUUGCGAGGUACAAGGAUGGGGAAUGGUACAGGGCUCAGAUCAAGGCCACAAAGCCAACAAUACUGGUUCACUUUGUGGAUUAUGGCGACACUAUUGAAGUGGACAAAUCCGAUCUGCUCCCAGUUCCCAAAGAAGCCGGUUACAUCAUGUCUGUGCCAGUGCAAGCUGUCGUGUGCGGCCUCUCUGAUGUUCCUGCUCACGUUACAGAUGAAGUGAACCGCUGGUUUGAGAUGACGGUACCAGAAAGUAAAAUGCGAGCGCUGGUCGUUGCCAGAGAACCUGAUGGGAAGUUGCUGGUAGAGCUGUUUCACAGAAACACUCAGAUUAAUGCAAAAAUAAAAAAAAUGUCCCAGAUUGAGAUGAAAAUGGAACAGAGGGUUGUCUACCAGGGUUCAAAAACUUCAGAGGCUUCAGCCAGUUUUGAACAAGAGACAAGGAAGCCUCUGUCAAUACAAGCUACAGACGGUGAAGACCGUAAACAAGCCCUGAAGAAAAAGCAGUUCUCCUCCCUAAAGCCUUCCCUUCAAAUGAGGGUUGAGAAGAAAAGUGCUGUGAAUCAACAGUCUGCACAGAAGCAUGAGCAACAUGUUUCUGAAAAUGGUCACAGGAUCAAGCCUACUCCUCUAGAGCUCUACAAACCUCCACAUCAAAGAACAAGUUAUGGCUCUGAGCUUGUAGAAGCUCAGGUGAAACCAAGAAAAGAGAACCUUCCUCCUGACACAAAGCAGCUCAAGUCAAAACCUGCCAUGGUAUCCCAGAAGGAAACUGAUGCUGAAAAACUCCCGAAACUCACAGACUUGCCUUCAAAAAUGAUCACACCUGGUACAACUGUAGAUGUCUAUGUCUCUCACUGCAACAGCCCGUUGAAUUUCAAUGUGCAAUGUGUGAAUGACGAAGAAGAGAUGUUUUCCUUGUUAGGAAAGCUCAACGAUCCUAAAUUGAUCCUGGAAGUCAGUGACCUCAAAGAUGUGAAUCCAGGUGACCUUAUACAAGCGGAGUUUGCAGAAGAUGCCAUGUGGUACCGAGCAGUUGUAAAAGAAAUCAACGACAACGUGACUGCUGUCAUUGAGUAUAUCGAUUUUGGAAAUACAGCAGUGAUACCCAUUUCCAAAAUGGCCAGACUCCACAAGUCUGUGUUGGAAUUGCCCGUUUACAGCAUGCACUGCAUGCUGAGUGAUGCUGCAGCUGUUGGAGAGGAGAGAGCGCUCAAUUCAGAUGUGGUUUCGGCUUUCAAAAAGGACGUCGGGGGCAGCGGAGAAAAGCUGCUCCAGUGCCAGUUCAUUAGGCAGGAGGGAUCUGUGUGGGAGGUCAGGCUUAGAGACGGUGAUGUGGAUAUUGUGUGUAAAGUCCCUGCUGGAGAUCCUCAAAUCACUACACUGAGACCAACAGAGGAGGCAGAGAAAUCCCAGCCAAGGCCACUCUCUUUAUGUUACACCCACCAACAACAGUUUUUAGAAGGACAGCAGCUAGAGGCCUACAUCACAGCCAUAAAUGAUGCUCAGACCUUCUGGUGUCAGUCCGCUAACACAGAGGAACUGGAUAAAAUAGCAUUAAUUCUCUCAGAAAUCUGUGAUGAAGCAGAUAAACAUGUCAAACCCGAGGCUCUCCUCCCUGGUAGUCUGUGCAUUGCUCUCUACACUGAUGAUCAGCUUUGGUAUCGAACAGAGGUCAUCAGCAAAGACGGAGAGGAGCUGUCUGUUCUGUUUGUUGACUAUGGAAACAAGUCUCUGGUCAGGAUCACUGACGUGAGAGAAAUGCCUCCCGUCUUGGCAAACAUCCCCCCACAGGGGUUUCUGUGUGAGCUUCAAGGCUUUGAUUCGCUGCAUGGGUCUUGGGACAGCAGUGCGGCCGAUGAGCUGUCCACACUCACAGCAGACAAGUUGUUGCAGCUCACUAUCAUGAGAAUAACGAGAGUGGAAGGAAAAAUGAAAUGUUUGGUGCAAAUGGAGUGUGAGGGCCAGGUGAUAAACGAGGUAAUGAAAACCUGGUGGAAGUGCUUCACAGCAGAAGACGCUCCUGACUCGACCAGCUUGUUUAAAAAACUGCAGCUUGACUCUCCCAUUGCAGCAGUGGAUGAUCAGCUACAGCAACCUGAUAUCCAAUGCAAUAAUGGUACUGCUUCCUACAUUCAUCCAGAGCUUGCUGACCUUCACACAUUAGAAAAAAACUCAAAUUUAGCAAGUAGUCCAAAGAGCAGCGAGUCCUCUGAAGAUUUAGUUUCUGUGGAGUCUCCAAAAGAGGAACUUUCCAUUGAGGAGAAAGUGAUGUCUCCCGAAGAUGUUUUGCCAACUGAUAGUGGCAUAGACGAAAGCAUGUUGCUUCUACUCAACAACAAAGAUGAAGAUAUUAUGUCUUUGAGCUAUAAUGUGAAUGUGGACUCUGUCAAAGGUGAAGAGGACUUGGAUUCCCCUCUGGAGGAAAACAUGGAAACGAUAGAUGAGCUGGAGACUGAAAUGGCUGACAAGGAAGAGAUGAAUCCCCCCACAUGUAGUCUGGACGUGAAGCCCUUUUCAGAACCAGUGAAGGUAGACGAUGACGGGAAAACUGCUGUUUCAGAGGGAACCUUUCUGACCACAACAAAAGCAGUGAAAAUGGUUCCUCAUAAAGCUGCAGUACAAGAGACGGCAGAAAUAAAACAGGCUGAGUUGGAGCAUCCCUCCUCUGUGUGUCCAGAACAGCAGUUCUGUGAAGCUGAAGCAGCCACCAGUGAACCAAGCUGCUCCCCAGUUUCUUCUCGAGAAAAGAUUUCCCAGGAAGAAGUUCAUCUGGAAAUAGAAGAUGAUCUGUGUGAGAAAACAGCUGGAGAAGAAAAUGACGUCCAGAGUGAAUCAGUAGAAAGCCCUUUGGGAAGCACAGUGACACAGAGAGAAGCUGCCCAUCAGGAAGAUGAAUCACUCACUUCUUUGAGUAACUUGGUUGAAGAGUUAUCGUGUCUCGUUGAAAAGAUUCACCUGACAGACGUCUGGCGAGCUGAAUCUGUUUCAGAGGACUCUGACCAACAGCUGCACACUCCACAACAAAACCCGGAAAAUGAAGAAAAGGAUUCUGACAACAGCACGUUGAUGGAGGAAAUGCCCUCUGCUGAGGACAGUUUUGAGGCCCAGCUGUCAAAGAUAACUCAUCUCUGUCUGAUCAUCCGGGAUGCUUCUGCUGAUGUUCUUUCUCCCGAUCAGCAGCCAGAGUAAUAACCACCUUUUUUUUUUCCUCUUUUAUGAUCUUAAAUUGAAGUUUGUCAGUUGUGGUUUUUUUGUUGAAUCAAAUAGGUCUGGAUCAGUUUGCAUUGUUGUUUGUUCUGAGUGCCCAAAAGCCAGACUUGAUUUCAAUUAGCAUACUUAACAUUUGACUUGAUGUCUCAUUUAAAUGUCCUUUAAAAGAAGAGAAAAGAGAGAGUGGUUUAACCUCUACAGUAAUGGCUGAACAACUUGAAAGUUGGUGCCUUUGUGUUGUGUUGUGUUGUUUAUUGAAACACAGUUGUUACAGAUGAUCUGUUCAGAUAAGCUGCCACACAUUUCUUUUGUGUUAGACUAACAAUACUAAUUUGAGUGGCUGUUUGGUGGAAACAUGCAUGUUUUGAAGAUCUUUUUUUAAAUGUUAUAAUAAAUAUUGCAGCUGUGUAUAUACAUGCUGGUUUUCUUUCAUA